AUGGCAGCCCCCAUACCGCGGGGGUUGUUUUGUAUAUCUAGGGCCUUUGGCCGUUGGUCUCGACAGCCAACCCUGGUGGCUCAGUCCAUAGCUGUAGUUCCAGUGAGAACUAAAAAACGCUUCACACCACCUACAUAUAAACCUAAAUUCAACUCAGAAAAGGAGUUCCUAGAACAUGCUCGGAAAGCAGGAUUGGUCAUUCCACCAGAACGUUUGGAUCGCCCCAUACAUCUGGCCUGUACAGCUGGUAUUUUUGACGCCUAUGUUCCUCCUGAGGGUGAUGCGCGCAUGUCAUCUCUUUCAAAGGAAGGCCUGAAACUGAGAGCUGAACGAAUGAAGAAGAAUAUAGCGUCACAGUUGUCAAUCCGGAAGAUAAAAGAAUAUGAUGCAAAUUUUAAAACAAAGGACUUCCCAGAAAAAGCAAAGGAUAUUUUCAUUGAAGCUCAUCUUUGUCUAAACAAUUCAGACCAUGAUCGGCUUCAUACCUUGGUUACCGAACACUGUUUUCCGGAUAUGGUCUGGGACAUCAAAUAUAAGACUGUCCGCUGGAGCUUCGUGGAAUCUUUAGAGCCACCUCAGGUGGUUCAGGUUCGUUGCUCAAGCCUGGUGAAGCAGAGCAAUAUGUAUGGCCAGGUCACCGUCCGCAUGCACACCCGGCAGAUUCUGGCCAUAUAUGACAGGUUUGGUCGGUUAAUGUAUGGACAAGAAGAUGUGCCCAAGGAUGUCCUAGAGUAUGUUGUGUUUGAAAAGCACUUGAUGAAUCCCUAUGGGAGCUGGAGAAUGCAUGGCAAGAUUGUCCCCCAAUGGGCACCUCCUAAGCAGCCUAUCCUUAAGACGGUGAUGAUCCCUGGCCCCCAGCUGAAACCAUGGGAGGACUAUGAACCACAAGAGGAGGUUCCUAAACCUCAGACAGCCUGA